UCCCGGCCCCAUUCUUCUUCAGCAUUAAUGGCUUCCUCCUCUUUACAUCUCCUACUCCCCCUCUCCCUCUGAUACCUUCCCCUCCUCUUCGGACAGGACUAGGAUGGCCCACCGUUGCCCUCGCCGUAAUGGGGGCCGCCUGUCCUCGUCCUCGUUAUCCAUCCCAUUUUACUCUUUACUUGUCCUUCUCGCGGGCACCGUUAGUCGUGAAGUGCUCGCCACCAACAGCAUUCGUGUGGACAUCAUCCGUCAGCCUUCCCUCUCCUUCCCGGCCUUUCGUGAGGCCCCUGCCUUCCGCAACGGCGAAGAAUGCUCCUUGUCGUCCCGUGUGGACAUUGCUAUGACCCUCGAUGCCAACUACCUCCGCGGCACCAUGGCUGCCGUCCUCUCCAUCCUCCAGCACACCUCCUGUCCGGAGAGUGUGACCUUUCACUUCCUUGUCUCCUCUCCGUCGUCUUCCAAUCUCCUCGCAUCCAUUCGCACCACCUUUCCCUACCUUGACCUUCGUGUCUAUCGAUUUGACCCUUCCUGUGUUCGUGGCCGUAUCUCUCGCUCCAUCCGCCACGCUCUCGACCAGCCGCUCAACUAUGCUCGUAUCUACCUCGCGGACGUCCUCCCGGCCGACGUCACCCGCACCAUCUACCUCGAUUCCGACAUUAUUGUUGUCGACGACAUUCGCCACCUUUGGCAGGUCGAUCUUGAGGGCCGAGUUAUCGCUGCUCCUGAAUACUGCCAUGCCAACUUCACCAAGUACUUCACGGAUGCGUUCUGGUCGGACCCAACACUUGCUACCACAUUCGAGGGGCAACGACCGUGCUAUUUCAACACAGGAGUGAUGGUGAUUGAUGUGGUGAUGUGGAGGAAGCGAGGGUACACGAGGAUGGUGGAGGACUGGAUGGGGGUGCAGAAGCAAAAGAGGAUAUACCACCUUGGCUCGCUGCCGCCCUUCUUGUUGGUGCUUGCCGGCAACAUAAAGGCGGUGGACCACCGUUGGAACCAACAUGGCUUAGGUGGGGAUAAUAUCGAGGGGAAGUGCAGGAGUCUCCACCCAGGGCCCAUUAGCCUCCUCCACUGGAGUGGGAAGGGAAAGCCUUGGUUGAGGCUCGACUCGAGGAAACCUUGUUCCGUUGAUCAUCUCUGGGCUCCCUAUGAUCUUUAUAGGUCUUCAUCACCUACGUUAGAAGAAUGAGUACUUACUUAUAACUAACUCAUUUUAUCAAGAAAGAGAGAGGAAGCCCUAGGGAUAGUGAAAUUAAUAGUCAUAGGGAGAUUAACAAUUUGAUCACUACAGUAAAAUGAGAAAGAAAUGAAGCACAAAAGUUUCAUUGUCAAAUCUUAGAAAAAUGAAAAAGAGAACAAUCGAAAGUCGAGAUUAAGACGGGGGCGACCUAAAAGGAAAAAUAAGUAGAGAUAUUGGAAGGCAAAAAAGAAACUAAAAAAAGAGGGAAAAAUAUUAGAAAAAUAAAGAAAGAAAAGUUAGUUAGAGGAGAGAAGGAACUCAUUUGAUUUUACAAAGUCGGAAAAUCAAGACUUGCGAUAGUAAACAAGCUAGCGAAAAUGGAAAGAUUGUACAAAGAAAAGAAGAGGAGGUAUCAGAGGGUGUGGAGAAUAAAAUGAAGAAGGGGCUAUGAUGUUCAUAAAACUUAAAGCCAAUUUUUUAAAUAGUGACUAAUCAUUGGAAUCCAUAAAGGAAGAGAUGCAUGGGGAUGUCUUGGUAGGACAUGAAGAUGAGAGAGGGAAUAUAUUGAUUCCUCUAUUCUUUGUUUUUCAUUCUUCUAAUAAUUAAAUUUUUUUUUUUUCCCUUUCAUUCAUUAUGUAGGCUUGGAUGUUGAUGCUUUGAACUUUCAUUCAUUAUUUAGGCUUGGAUGUUGAUGCUUUUGUAUCGUAAAGGCACCAACAGAAAAAGAAGAAAAACCAAUAUUAGUCAGGAUUCAGAUCAAUGUAAUGUUGAUACUCAAGUGCAAAGAAUUGGUGGAUUAUGAUCA